AGCCACUGACCAAAGCUGCUGCUCUAAUUUCUAUCAUACCUGCUUGCUGUGUUAUUUGGAAAAGCCCCUCUCAUCAUGGGAAAGAAGAAGCGCGGUCACCCAGAUCUCGAGGAACUCCUCGCUCGCCCUUGGUGUUACUAUUGCGAACGCGACUUUGAUGAUCUCAAAAUCCUCAUUUCUCAUCAGAAAGCAAAACAUUUCAAAUGCGAUAGAUGCGGGAGGAGACUGAACACCGCCGGAGGUUUAUCCGUGCAUAUGAGUCAAGUUCACAAGGAGCAACUAUCCGCAGUUGACAAUGCGCUUCCCAACCGCUCGAGUUUGGAUAUUGAGAUUUUCGGGAUGGAGGGUGUCCCGGAAGAUGUUUUACAGGCUCACAACCAACGCGUUAUAACCCAGUACCAUCAGGCUGAGGCGGAACGGCGUGCUGCGACUGGGAAUCCCGCACCGGGAACCUCGACUGGCACCCAGUCCAAGAGACCCAAACUAGAAAGCGCGGCGGAAUUGAAGAAGCGACUGGCGGAGCAUAAAGCGAAGCUGGCAGAGAAAGCUGCAGGCACAAGUAGUGGAGGUGCCACGCCUGUAAGUACCGAUCAGGGAUUGCAGACUGGAAGUUCAUUUGCAACCCCGCAGUAUCCACCGAAUGGCUCUGUUCAACAGUACCCUUACCCACAGCAAUGUGGCCAACCCGCCCAAGCUACGGCUUAUCAACAACCGUCCCAGACGUUCCAGAAACCACCGGAAUUCCCUUCACCUGGGUAUCAGCAACCCCCAGUUGUUGGACAGCAAUAUACUGGCCAAUAUUCACCCUCCGCUAUGUCACCCUCACAAUAUCAACCCGCAGUGGCUGGACAAAGCCCUGUCGUCUCUACCACUCCCCCUGUGCCGUUCCAGCAGCAGCCGGCACACAUGAGGACCCACACUCCGCCACAACAGGCAGCGUCAAUACCCCCUCGACCACCAAGCCUACCGGCAGCUCCUGGCCUCCCCCAGAGGCCUAGCUUUUCUGCACCACAAGUUAACUCAUGGCAGAUGCAGCAAAUGCACCAUGGACAAAUGCCUGUUCAGCCGCCCGCGCCUCAUAUCCCUGGCGCCGAGCCUGGCACUGAAACAGCAGCGGUAGUCGAUCGCUUAAUAUCUGAAGAGUCUAAGCGGGCUGAGGAGUUGGCCCAGAGAUCUACCCCUACUGCCGCGCCGGAAGAAGCGGCUGAAGGAAAGCCUGCGAAGAAGGAAAAAGCAAAGUCUGUGAGAUUGGUUUAUUCUGAUAGUGGAAUCAGCCCGGAGGAAAAGAUGGCGAGAUUGCCUAGGUACGCAUAUGUUCCUGAACGCAAAGAAGAGACAGUGCUUCGAGAUGCAACUACUGGCGCAGUCGCGAGACCCGUUGACGCCUCGGAUGAAAUUGUAAACCCUCCGGAAUAGGGGAAAUGAGUCACAUUAACGGUACUCCGAGCCGCCUAAGUCCAUUUCCUCCGACAGUUCCUCGUCCAUAUCGACCUACAUAGGAGAAAGUUUUCGGGGGAAGAUUAAUCACAGCGUGCCAGCUAAGUCCUUCGACUUAAAAUUCUACAUUCUCUUUUUCUAAAAACCAAGAUUGAUCAGCAAAUUUGUGGUGCGCAGGUGCAUACCCGACCAGAUUUCUCUGCCACUCACUUCUGACGCUUUUUCUCUUCACACAAAAACCACUUGGUUACUGUAUUCGACUUCAGCAAAAAUUUAACGGCAACCGCGGCACCUAGCGGGGAUGCCGAUUAUCGGCCGUCUACCAAGGAGGCGUAAUCAUUGCUCUUUUUUUUGUGGGUACAUGUGCAGUCCGGUUUUGUUUGUUUUGUCGCCAUGGCAUUUGCAGUCGAAAAAAAAAAGGGCUCGCUGACUCGGCGGAUUGACUAGAAAGCAAUCAAAGCAAGCCUAUACUGACAAAGAUGAGCGUGGUAGACUUUAAUGUAUACCUCAUGUAAGUUUCCUGGUUCUCGACGUAGAAAGGGGGAUAUUCGAUUGCAGAAAAGGAGAGAAGCCAUGGUCAGUUCUUCUCCAAUUUCAAUUUAUAUCUAGACCCUGCUAUUUUCAGCGUGGCUGU